AUGAGCAAUAGCUGGAUAAAAAGCAAACCUCUGCUUGGAUUGGCAAGUGUGGUCAACGCUGGCUUGGCUGUAUCGUCGUCUUUCGGAUUAAUGGCUGCAUCGGGUGUUGAAUUCACUUACUGGAAUGCUACGAUUCCAUUUUUAGUUCUUGUUACCGAGAUAGAUGAUGCUUUCGUAUUAAUAGCAUGUUGGAGAACCACAGAUCCCAGAGAUGCGGUUGAAAAACGCAUCGAAGUAACAUAUGGAGAAGCAGGAGUUUCCAUUACUCUGACUUCACUCACUAAUUUCAUUUCGUACUGCAUCGGAAUGAUGGCUCCAUUUCCUUUUAUUCGAAUAUUCAGUUAUUAUACUGCAACUUGUGUACUUUUGAAUUUUGUAUAUCAAAUAACGUUUUUCGGAGGAUGCUUGGCAAUAAGUGGAUAUAGAGAAGAGCGAAAUCUUCGUUCCAAAAAAUUUGUCAGAUGUGAACAAAAUGAUGUAGAUAACGAGAAUAAUAACGCCAAAGAAGAAGAAUUUACUAUGACAUAUUUUAGAGAUUCAUUAGGAAAAAUAAUUUCCAAUCCUAUAGUAAAGAUAAGUAUUAUUAUAAUUUACAUCAUUAACUUAUCAUUCGGAAUAUGGGGCACAUUUCACAUAGAGCAUGGUAUUAAGUAUGAACGUUUAUUUCCAAAAGACUCUCUAAUUACAGAAGUUUACGGUAUUAAUCUAAAGUACUUUAGACGUUAUUCAUAUCCGUUUCACAUAAUUAUUAAUGGAACGUUGGAUUACUCAAAUAUAAAUGUACAAAAAUUGAUAGAAAAUCUGUUGACAAAAUUCGAGAAUCAUCCAAAUAUUGCCGGAGAAGAAUUCACUGUGUCUUGGUUGAAAUUCUACAAAGAAUUUCAGAAAAGUCCUGUAGCAAAAUUUUCAUUACAAGGCUACAAUAUGUCAAACAAGCAGGAUUUUAUCGAUGGACUUCGCGAUGUGUUCUUUAAUAUCCGAGCAGCUCAAUCACUGUCUAAUGACAUCGUCUUUAAUAACAACAAAACUGACAUCUUAUUCAGUAGAUUUUUUAUUAUGGGAAAAAAUUUGAAUACUUCUUACACAGAGAGAGAUACAUUAAGAGAUUUAUUGAAAAUUGCUGAAAAAUCUGAAAUUCCUGUACUUGUGCAUUGUGUUAUGUCAGGUCUUAUCGAGCAAGGAAUCAUCAUUGGAGAAAUAAUUCAACAAUUGUUUUGGAUUACUGCUAUACUGAUAACAACAGUUUUUCUAUUGUUUGUACCGAAUUUAUCAGUCUCAAUUACUGUUGCAAUAUCUGUGGUAUCUGCAAUGGUAGAAACAUUAGGUUAUAUGUCGUUUUGGGGAGUCAACUUGGAUAUUAUAUCAAUGAUAAGUCUUAUUCUUUGUGUGGGAUUCAGCGUAAACUAUCCUGCUCAUAUUUCGUAUGCAUAUGUCAUGUCACAAUGCAAAAGACCAAACGAAAAGCUAAAAGAUUCUCUAUAUCGUAUUGGUUUUCCGAUAUUUCAAGGAUCUUUGACCACGGGAAUAGGAAUAUUGAUUUUAUAUUGUGAUGUAUAUUUUCUUUGCACAUUUGCGAAAAUUGUAAUACUUGUUGCUAUGGAAACGGCUUUUCAUGCUUUGCUUUUUAUUCCUGUUAUUCUUUCUAUCGUUUAUGCUAUUUUCAAUUAUUGA